ACAACGCCCCGCCCCAUCGCGGCGGGCGGGCAGGCGGGCAGGCGCGCGAGGCUGGCGGGCGGGCGGCGAGAGCGGGAGGAGGAGCGGCUGCCGCCGCCACCGCCGCCGCCAUAGAGACUGUAGCCGUGGAGACUGUUACUUACCAACGGGGACCAACACGCAGCAGCCGCUGCUGCCGCCGCGGGAGCUGCUGCCCGAACUCCCGGCCCGAACUCCAGAAAUGAAGUCUUAUUUGUGCUCAGCCAGGAUCACUCAUGCGUGUUAGCAAUGGCCGCUCCUGUGCCAGCGCAGCAAAGUGUAGUAGUUGCAAGAAAAGCCUCUCGUCCUUUGCGGAAAAAAUUUUGUGACCCUGGGCCUACACACCAUAUGCUGAGCAGGGUGACAGACAGCACAUGGUAAAUAGUGCAGUAAACCAGGAAGCACGUCAGUUGAAAACUUGGCGUGGUGUCGGAUGAUUUGCAUUCUGGAAGUCGCAUUCUGGCCGCGGUGAGCCGAGCAUGGGCUCGCUGUCUACCUCACACUCUCACGGGCUCCCCGGGUUUUCAAAAGACUCAGACUGUGGAGCACAGUUAUUUCCUGCCCGUGAGCAAGGAGCCGGCCUCUGACUCGGCUCUCUGGCUUCAUCACUAGUGGAUUCUUUCCACCGAGAGCCCAGGUCCAAUGCUUUCCUGCUCCUACCACUGGAGUUACCCACUUCCUGGCUUCAGAUUGGAACAAAGGGGUGCAUGUGUGCAGAUGACUGAUUCGGAUGUUGGAGGAACUGUGCAUAAGACCUCGACUGCGCAACUUCCUGCAGAAUAAUUCCGAAGGUCAGUUCUGUCAGGAAGGCAGAGAGUUGGAGACCCAGGAAAUACACAUUGGAAAUUCUCACGCCUCCUCCUCCUGUGGAAGAGGAAAAGAAAAGUAGGGGGUGCCACUCAUCACAUGGCUCUGGGGACAUCUAGUGGUAAGAACCGAGUCAGGGAAACAGGAAAGCGCCACAGGCACAGACCACAGAUCCGUGGAUCCAGCCAGUGGCUCUCGUGGUGCCAAAGUCUUUGGGAGGGGGAUGGGCCACGUCAUAGAAUAUUCCUCAUCAACAAAGAUGGGGUCAAACCAACACUCAACAGAUUUAAAACACUCACACGCUGCCUUCCGCUUUCUUUAGGCAAAUUAUAUUCAUCUGUUAGCAGUUUUUCUUUGCAUUAAAAGAAAAAAAAAAGAAGUUUUCAACAAAUUGUUCACUCAUCCUCAGAGGUGGGAGCCCUCGCGGUGAUAGAAGCAUAUGGAAAGUUCUGGCAGGUGCCUCCUGAGCAGCAUGCUGUGUACCUGCUGCUCAGGCCCCGCAUGAGGCAGAAGUGGGGAGACCCCACCUGUGGCUUGGGGGGACGUGCUCAGGACAGGGCUGUACCUGCCCACAAAGCCACCUCCUCUCUGCAGUUUGCAUAUUUAACAGCUUCUCAAGUGCCGAAGGUAGCCAGUUCUUACAAAGUGCAGACCGUCUGACCUUGAGCAUGUUGAUGGAAUGAUUUUUUUGUACCAUCUGCCACUUGGUUCUGGUAUUAAAUGAGUCUUUUUGUAUGGAAUUAAAAAAAUUUUUUUUAACGUUUUAUUUAUUUUUGAGAGAGAGACAGAGACAGAGUACGAGCAGGGGAGGGGCAGAGAGAGGAGACAGAAUCCAAAGAGGGCUCCAGGCUCCGAGCUGUCAGCACAGAGCCCGACAUGGGGCUCAAACUCACAAACCGCGAGAUCAUGACCUGAGCCGAAGUCGGACGCUUAACCGACUGAGCCACCCAGGCCCCCUCUGUAUGGAAUGUUUAAACUACCUACUUGAAAGAUGUACGCAUCUGGCUGCAAAGAAAUACACUUGUAUGCCCUUCUCGUGGGCGAGGAUCUCCAGGAACAGAAGGCAGGACUUCUAGGCAGCCCAGGAGAAAAUGCUUCUUUCCUCCCACUGUGUAUUGCCUAUCUUGGACAACGUCUGAAGAUAUUUUGGGUUGUCAUGACUGGUGGGGGGUGGGAAGGGGAGAGGCGCUCCUGGCAUCUAACGAGUGGAGGUCAGGGGUGCCGAGGUCGGCCUGAAGGACAAGCCGGCCCUGGUGUCCCCAGUGCCGAGGGGCAGAAACCCUGCCUUAGGAGAAUGCACUUGUAGUUUGGGGUACCGUAGCCCGCCAGAUGGCAAGCGGCCAUCAGGAGCUGGUGAUUCGCUGGCUGGAUGAGUAAACAAUUGUAGGAGCCCCGGAAAGGACUGUCUGCAGAGCUAACUUUCGGUUUUCUACUGGGAAAAACGUUUCCUGCCACCCCUCCCCACCCCCGCUGCUCUUCCUAUGAGGCAUCUGUGCCACUGGUUUCCCUGUCUUCCUUCCCCAGUAUGGCCAGCCGACUUGCACCUGAAGGUAGCUACCACUUGGGCCUCCGUGGCUGCAGUCCCGCCCCACUCAACCUCUCUCCGCCUUUCUUUAGAACUGAGCAUGCAGAAUUCGGAGGGUGGAUCCGAUUCGCCGGCUUCUGUGGCUCUGUGUCCGUCGGCAGCAGCCCAGGCCCCCGUGGCUCAGCCUGUGCCAGCCUCUCCGCAGAGGGUGUUGGUCCGGACAGCGGGCUCGGCUCCCAAAGGGGCCCAGAUGCAGCCAAUCUCCCUCCCCAGGGUCCAGCAGGUGCCACAGCAGGUCCAGCCCGUGCAGCACGUGUACCCCCCGCAGGUGCAGUACGUGGAAGGCGGAGACACGGUCUACACCAAUGGAGCCUUACGGACGGCCUACGCCUACAACCCCGAGCCUCAGAUGUACGCCCCGAGCAGCACAGCGUCUUACUUCGAGGCCCCGGGCGGCGCCCAGGUGACCGUGGCAGGCUCCUCCCCGCCGGUGGUCCCCUCCCACAGCAUGGUGGGCAUCACCAUGGAUGUCGGGGGGAGCCCUAUUGUCUCCAGCGCGGGAGCCUAUCUCAUCCACGGGGGGAUGGACGGCACCAGACACUCCCUGGCCCACACUUCCCGGUCAUCGCCGGCUACGCUUGAAAUGGCGAUCGAAAACCUCCAAAAAAGCGAAGGGAUCACCUCACACAAAAGCGGUUUACUCAACAGCCAUCUCCAGUGGCUGUUAGAUAAUUACGAAACCGCGGAAGGCGUGAGUCUCCCCAGAAGCUCUCUCUACAACCAUUACCUCCGGCACUGCCAGGAGCACAAGCUGGACCCUGUGAAUGCUGCCUCUUUCGGGAAGCUGAUCCGCUCGGUUUUCAUGGGGCUGCGGACACGGCGGCUGGGCACCAGGGGCAACUCCAAGUAUCAUUACUAUGGGAUCCGUCUAAAGCCGGACUCGCCCCUGAACCGGCUGCAGGAGGACACCCAGUACAUGGCCAUGCGCCAGCAGCCCCUGCACCAAAAGCCCAGGUACCGGCCGGCCCAGAAGACAGACAGCCUUGGGGACAGUGGCUCGCACGGCAGCCUGCACAGCACACCGGAGCAGGCCAUGGCCGCCCAGAGCCAGCACCACCAGCAGUUCAUCAAUGUCUCCCACGUCUUCCCGGAGUUCCCCGCGCCUGACCUGAGCAGCGUCCUGCUGCAGGAGAGCAUCACACUGCACGACGUCAAGGCCCUGCAGCUGGUCUACCGGCGGCACUGCGAGGCAACCUUGGAUGUCGUGGUGCACCUGCAGUUUCAGUACAUGGAGAAGCUGUGGCUUUCCUUCUGGAACUCCAAAGCGCCCUCGGGUGACGGCCCCGCCCCUCUCCCUGCCAGCGACGGAGAGCCCGAAGGUGCCGUCCUCCCGAAGGACAAGCUGGUGUCUCUGUGCAAGUGUGAGCCCAUCCUCAAGUGGAUGAGGAACUGCGACCACAUCCUGUAUCAGGCCCUGGUGGAGAUCCUCAUCCCCGACGUGCUGCGGCCGGUGCCCAGCACCUUGACGCAGGCCAUCCGUAAUUUUGCCAAGAGCUUGGAAGGCUGGUUGACGAAUGCCAUGAGAGACUUCCCACAGCAGGCCAUCCAGACCAAGGUGGGCGUGGUCAGUGCCUUCGCACAGACUCUGCGCAGAUACACGUCUCUCAACCACCUCGCUCAGGCAGCCCGGGCCGUGCUCCAGAACACUUCCCAGAUCAACCAGAUGCUCAGUGACCUCAACCGCGUGGACUUUGCCAACGUGCAGGAGCAGGCCUCGUGGGUGUGCCAGUGCGAGGAGAGCGUGGUGCAGCGGCUGGAGCAGGACUUCAAGCUGACCCUGCAGCAGCAGAGCUCCCUGGACCAGUGGGCCACCUGGCUGGACAACGUGGUCACCCAGGUCCUGAAGCAGCACGCCGGCAGCCCCAGCUUCCCCAAGGCCGCCCGGCAGUUCCUUCUGAAGUGGUCCUUUUACAGCUCCAUGGUGAUCCGCGACCUGACGCUGCGCAGCGCUGCCAGCUUUGGCUCCUUCCACCUGAUCCGCCUGCUCUACGACGAGUACAUGUUCUACCUGGUGGAGCACCGCGUGGCGGAGGCGACUGGAGAGACGCCGAUCGCCGUGAUGGGAGAGUUCAAUGAUCUCGCCUCCCUGUCGCUGACACUGCUCGAUAAAGAUGACCUCGGCGAGGACCGCAGCGGCGAGGCUGACCCGGACGCCCACGGCCUGGGUGAGCCGCUGGUGAAGCGGGAACGUGGUGACCCAAACCACUCCCUGCAGGGCAUCUAGCUGGACGGUGCCUUCCCCGGGCUCCGGACCGGGCCCCUCGAGCUCCGCCGCAGCAGUGCCUCUUAGGUGACGUGACCUGACUCGCGAGGCACUGGCGCACCCUCACGGGACACGCUGUUCCUCAAGAAAACCAUUGGUAAACACUGCAGAAGGUCACAUCGGGCUCCCGAGCGCCCAAGCUGCUCUCCUGGUGCCUCCUGGGUCAUCUUCUUCCGAACGUUCUCGCUCUCUCCUCUGCUGGGCUGUGAACUUUGGUCUGAGUCUACGCACCCCCACCUGAGGGCCGGACGGGUCGGCGCCUCCACACUGGGCUCCUUUGCUGUUCCGCUGGUUCCAGUUUCCACCCUUGUGUCUUAAAAGUCAGAUCCCGGGAGGGACGGGAUGUGCCGCAGCUGUCGGGCAGUGCUGGGCUGACCGGUGCCCACGGGGCCCCCUGGCCUGGUGCCCUGUGGUGGGAAGGGACCAUCUCAGCGCCGUGCCCGAGGCCUCCUGCCCUGCCCGCUGUGCCGAGGUGCAGAGGCCGGCCCGCCGGAGCCCCGCGCGCAGACGCCAAAGGUCUCCGGAAGCCGCUGCCGAUUGCCGAGUCCCUGGACCACGCACAGCCCACAGCCCCACGUGCCUCAAAGAACAUGUCACGGAAGUGGCCUGCUCGUGCCGAGACACAGUGGUGUCUUUAAGAAUCAAAACCAUAAGUUUUAUCAGCAACUAGAAGCAUUUGGGUUCUGUCCGAGUUCACGGCCAACAUCAGGCCAAACUGCUGGGUCUGGAAUGAGUUUUUCCGAGGGGGCUGGGUGGUCCGUGUUUCAGUGGCACUUUGAGAGGGCAGCCAUCGGGCCAAGUCUGCCUGGCUCCCACUCCACAGAAUCUUCUGGAACGCCUGCCUUUGAACUAGCAAUCCUGGAGCACUUUGACCCCGGGCAAGUCCCAUCUUGAACUGCUCCAGGUUGAAACCCUUCUUUGAGUUAAAUGAAUCCCGAGGACUUGCACAGCCUUGAACUUUGAACACUCCGGAUCUGCAUCCGUCAUAACAAGUUGCACUCGGUUCCGUGCGAGAGUUCUGCCCCCAAACCAGCUGCAAAGAAGAAAGACAAACCUCUGGUCUAAGAAGCGACAUCUUACGAAAUGCAAUAGUUUCUCCUUUUGGAAAUAUGUUUAUAUCAAUAGUUUUGUGCUCAACGCGUUACUAGAACGUUUCUUAUGAACAUGUGUAUUGCAGUAUAUUCAGUCCCCGAUGUUUUUUCUCAUUCACACAGAAAAUGCUGAUGUAAACUCACGUGGCCUUUAAAAACCUUCCUUCCUCAGCCCACUCCAGGGGUGCGGAGGGGUGCGGAGGGAAGGACAAGAAAGACAGGCGCUCACUCGAGAAGUCAGAAGUCCGUGAUAAUCACAAUGUUUGCCUGCUUUUACAGCUGGAACCAGACAGAAAGAAUGUCUUUAAAAUAUAUAUCUCCUCUCCUGGGAGACAUUUCAGCUCA